GUCACAAUCAACACAUAAAAAAAAGCACUUGCCAUAUUUUUUCUCAUUUUUUUUCUUUAUCCCUUGUUCUUAAGCUAUGUAUAGAACAAUCAACCACUCAACUGUUCGUCAGCUGGGCCUACGCACAGUUGCCUUUCGACACGCUAGUCGUGCUCCGAAGCCAGAUAUUCGCCUUGUCCUGAUCCGACCCAACGUAGCAGCACAACGAGGACUUCACUUGCACCGAGAACUACUACGUUCCGAGCCCAAAUUGAAGGCAGCUAUUGAAGAAAAAGAAACCAUGACUUCUCGUGCUGCAGCUCUGGCAAAAGAACAACAAGCAAAAGCAGCAGCCGCAGGUAUAGCAGCACCUGCUAGUUCAGCUAUCAAGCCUAAAAAGACACUCUGGCAAAAAGUAAAGGAGGAAGCUGUGCAUUAUUGGCACGGAACACAAUUAUUAGGUCUUGAAAUCCGUAUUUCUUCUAAAUUGACUUGGAAGUUAUUGCAUGGAGGCAAGCUCACCCGAAGAGAACAUCGUCAAUUGCGUCGUACCACAUCUGAUCUUGUCCGUCUUGUACCUUUCUUGUUCUUUAUUGUAGUGCCCUUCAUGGAACUUCUGUUGCCUGUGGCUCUCAAGUUGUUCCCCAAUAUGUUGCCUAGUACUUAUGAAAGCAAGUCUCAAGAAGAAAAGAAAAGAAUGGCAUUGUUAAAGGUUCGUCUAGAGAUGGCUAAAUUCUUGCAAGAAACUAUAUCUGAGUCGGGCUUCCCCGGAUCUGAUCAUGAAAAGGCUGCAAAGGAGUUUGCUGAUUUCUUCAGAAAGAUUCGUAUCACAGGUGAGCAAGCCUCUACAGAAGAUUUGUUAAAUGUAGCUAGACGUUUUGAAGACGAAUUGACUUUGGACAACUUGUCUCGACCUCAACUUGUAUCUAUGUGUCGUUACAUGAACAUCAAUGCUUUUGGCACAGAUAACUUUUUGCGUUUCCAAAUCAGAAACCGUAUGCGUCAAAUCAAGGCCGAUGAUAAGGUGAUUCAACAAGAAGGUAUUGAUAGUUUAACUAUUCAAGAACUUCAAAAUGCCUGUGGUUCCCGUGGUAUUCGCUCUGUAGGUACAUCUCCUGGUCGUCUUAGAGAUGAAUUGGCUCAAUGGCUUGAUCUUCAUGUGAACCACCAUGUACCUGGUACCUUGUUGAUCUUGUCCAGAGCUUUCAGUUACACGGAUCGUCACAUGACAACAGAAGAAGCCUUGAAGGCCACUUUCAACAGUUUGCCCGAUAACUUGGUGAAUGAAGCUGAGCUUCAAGUGUUGGAACAAAUGGGUGCCAGUACUUAUAAACAAAAGUUGGAUGUCUUGGAACAACAACAAGAAUUGAUUGAAGAUGAAUCAGAACAAGAAGAAAAGGAAGAAAAGGCCCGCUUGGAAGCUGCUCAAUUGGCUGAAGAAGAAGCACGUUUGGCUCAAGAAAACAAAGAAAAGGCUGAACAAAAGGAUGUGUUUGUCUCUGAUGAGCCUGCUGUUGCUGAUGAGCCUAUCAAGGAGGAAUCCGAAGAUGCACCUUUAUCAAAGGAACAACAAUCAGAACUUCAAGAUGCAUUAACCAAGUUGCGUACUAAGGUUGAUGUUUUGGAAGAGCGUGCUCAACUCAACGAAAUUAAGAUUCAACACGAGGAUUAUAAAGAGCUUAUUGAAGAAUUGAAGGAUGCCACUAAACGUGAAGCUGAUAAAGCCACAUUGCGUAUGGGCAAAAAAUUGGAAAAGAUGCUUGAGACCAUUGACAAAGAGUUGGAUGCCAUGGAAAAGGCUUCCAAUGCCAAGGAACAACCCAAAGAAGAAGACAAGAACUAGAAUUAGAGUUAUUUAAUAAACACACAUUUUGAUUACCCUCAUCAAGCCACUUUUGAAUAUGGUAAAAAAAGAGAUGUUUGUCAUACAAAAAGGGAUAAUACAAGUUCUAUUUUUACACUCUAUAUUAAACUUAAAGGGCGGAUAAACGACCUGGUGAAAUCAUG